GAGCCAGUGAGAGAACGAGAGGGAGAAAGGGAGAAGGAAACGGGAUCUUUUUAUAUGGGAACAAAUUUCACCAAUAGCCAAGCGCAGAUAUCUACUCUUUGUGUUUUUUAAUAUGGUUUGCACAGGACAGUGACGGAGACUCGGGAACGAAGACUUUAUAGAGGAAACCACUCGACCAUUUAACUCCGGGGCUUGGAAAGACCAAGCUGUGAGCAUGCUUUUUAUCCUCCUCUGGAUGUACACUCUGCCCAGUACUCUUGCUCAAGUUGCCCAGCCACGUUUCAUCCAAGAGCCAACAGACCAGACGGUGGUUGCCGGACAGAAGGUGGUCCUCUCCUGUGUAGUGUUUAACUAUUCUGGCAUUGUACAAUGGACCAAAGAUGGUUUAGCUCUCGCCUUGGGACAGAACCGAAAAAUUUGGCCGCGCUACCAGAUCAUCGGAAAUGCAGAUUCUGGGCACUACAACCUCGAGAUUACCAACGCCAGCAUCAUAGAUGACGCUAACUUCGAGUGCCAGGCAACAGAAGUCGCUCUGCGAUCUGACCGAGCCAAAGUAACAGUCUUAAUACCUCCUGAAGAUCCUGUUAUAGACGGUGGAGCAGAAAUUCUGCUACGGGCCGGGACACCAACUAACCUGACAUGCCGGGCUAUGGGUGCCAAACCAGCAGCAUCAGUCGUUUGGUUUCGAGAUGGGAAUCAGCUGGAUGGAGCUGUCUCUAGCAUAGAGCAGUUGACAGGCGACAAGAGAGAAACGACCGUAAGUUUUCUGCUGAUUGUCCCAACGGAUCAGGACACAGGCCGAGUGUUUACCUGCAGGACAUCCAAUGAAGCCAUUCCAUCAGGGAAAGAGACAUCUGUCCGAUUAAACGUCCACCAUCCCCCAACUGUCACCCUCUCCAUCCAUCCCCAAACAGUGCAGGAGAGUGAGAGGGUUCGAUUUACAUGCACUGCUUCAGCCAACCCGGCAAUCAAAGGCUACAGGUGGGCUAAAGGGGGUGUGAUCAUUGAAUCUGCAAAGGAAAGCACAUUUGAGACACAAGUGGACUAUUCGUUUUUCACAGAACCCGUCUCGUGUGAAGUGCAUAACGAAGUGGGCAGUACCAACGUCAGCACGCUGGUGGACGUACAAUUUGCCCCUCGUCUUCUAGUCGAUCCUAAACCUGUCACCACUGACAUGGGUUCCGAUGUGAUGCUGACUUGUACCUGGGCUGGAAAUCCUCCGCUGACCCUUACAUGGACCAAAAAAGGCUCAAACAUGGUGUUGAGCAACAGUAACCAGCUUACGAUCAAGUCCGUGAGCCAAGACGAUGCUGGGCAGUAUGUGUGCAAGGCCAUCGUCCCUCGCAUAGGAGUUGGGGAGACUGAGGUGACACUGUAUGUCAACGGCCCGCCGAAGAUCGCCAGCGAGGAGGUGCAAUACGCAGUACGUGGCGAUAUUGGCAAGGUGGAAUGUUUCAUUGGCAGCACCCCACCGCCCGACCGCAUUGCUUGGUCCUGGAAAGAAAACUUUUUGGAGACGGGCACCCUUGAAAAAUAUACUGUGGAGCGAACCAACACUGGCAUCGGCGUCCUCUCCACCCUUACCAUCAACAAAGUGAUGGAUGCCGAUUUUCAAUCCCACUAUAACUGUACGGCGUGGAACAGUUUUGGGUCUGGCACUGCCAUUAUCCAGCUCGUGGAAAAAGAAGUGGUCGCCGUGGGAAUCAUCGCAGGGGCGACCAUCGGUGCAGGGAUUUUGGUUAUCAUCUUCUUCGCCUUCUUCAUCUUCUUCCUUUACAGACGUCGAAAAGGCAGCCGCAAGGAUGUCACGUUGAGGAAGCUUGACAUAAAAGUGGAAACGGUGAACAGAGAACCCCUGACUUUACACUCGGACAGGGAAGAAGAUACGUCCAGUGUUUCCACUGCAACUCGGGUCAUGAAAGCCCUCUAUUCGUCAUUUAAAGACGAUGUGGACCUGAAACAAGACAUGCGUUGUGACACCAUUGACAGGGAGGAAUUUGAGUUGAAGGAUCCAACCAACGGGUAUUACAAUGUCCGCGCCCAUGAUGACAGACCGAAUUCCCGAACAGUGCUUUACCAGGAUUACCGUACUCCUGGUCCAGCGCGUUUUGAUGCUCGUCCUUCCUCUCGUCUCUCGCAUUCAAGUGGUUAUGCCCAACUGAACACGUAUAGCCGGGCUCCUGCUUCAGACUACAGUACAGACCCAGCUCCUACAGUGACAUCUGCCACAACAGAUACUACCAGUCAGCUGUCAUAUGAUAACUACGAAAAGUUUGGGACACAUGGGUUCCCUCCAAACUCUGGGUACCCUACUUUCCGACUUGGUUAUACACAGCCGACCACUACCGGCAUGGAUAGGGGACCAUAUGACACAUAUGACCCAGUAGGGAAGUACACAGGUGCCACUCGCUUCUCAUACACUUCCCAGCAUUCUGAUUAUGGGCAGAGGUUCCAGCAGAGAAUGCAGACGCACGUGUGAGGACGGACUAAAAGACUGGUUGGCAAAAAUGGGGAAGGACAGAAGGGGAGGGUAAUCCUUGCUAGGAGAAUCCUCUCUGGAAUGACAUCACAAGAUGAGAGGGGACUCCGAGAGGAGCUGUGACCUCUCAGCGUGUCUCCUGAUACUCAGGGACCCUUACGUCUUGACCUCAGACGUCAUCCAAGACACCAGUCGAAGACAUCCAAUCACGCUGAGCCUCAAGGCUAUAUAUGAAAAUAUUCCAAACAGAAGGCUGGCCUUUUAGCACCUAAUCAUUCCUUGAAUACCACUGAGUUUGCUAUCGGGAGUCAUAUGGCAAAUGGUAUAACUAUGAGCCAACUCGGUACUGGUGACAGUUUUUUGUCCACCAACACUUAUUAAUGAAUCCCAGCAGCUGCUCUUUUUUGGGUGGGGCACAUGCAUACUUUCCAUUUUCCUGCUUUUUUUUUUUAUUAUUAUAUUUCAAUAAUUUCUCCUAGUUUGUCACGAUCGUUGCCAUCGUUGAAAAUUGUCACUUGUGUCCAUGUCAAAGAAAAAGGGUAUUGGUUGGUUGUAAUACAUUCCAGCUGCUGGGGCGAGGGAGGUUUAUUGUAAAGGAACGUGCAUGCCAUUUUAUAGUCUUUACCUCUCUGGUUCUACAAGAAGGCUUAUGUUGUCGGCAAAAUGUUUUGCCUGUGCUAGCCACGUCUGAGAGAAUGCAGAGAAUGGAACAUUCAGACAAUCAGAAAAACAAUCUUUGUAAACGUAUUUAUAUACUUCUUUAUACGGCCCUUUUAACGACCACACACACACACAUUUUUUGAAUAGCAUUGAUGAAUGAUCCCCCUAAUUACUGCCCCCAAGGAGACAGAGGUCACGGUAUAUAUCUUUU